AUGUCUGCCGAAGUCGAGCGCGAGCUGUUGAACCACUACAAGCUCGACUCUCUAUAUCCCUCCGAAUGGCCGGACCGGGACGACGACGACUGCAAUAGCGAUGCCGACCAUGACGCGACAAACACGAACCACAGGGAGUCCAAGUUCGCUGCGCUCGAUCGCUCCGUCUCUGCUGGAGGAAAGAGAGCCGACAACAGCGUGCAGAAAGAUGAACCCGAUCCGCUAGGCAUCGUCCCGAGUGUUGUCCACGAACUGCGCCGUCGUGGCCUACCUGUCGAGGAGAAUGUCCGUCUGCGCAACCGCUUCAUGCUGUCCUCGACCACCUUCUCGCCCAACCUGUUCCUGUCGCAAGUUCACCACGACGCUUCGACCGACUCACUCCUCAACGGUCUCCACUUCUUGUCUAGUUCCAUUGAGCAAAAGUCUGCCUCACUCAAGUUGCUGGUCGAGUCCAACUUCGAACGCUUCGUCAAAGCAAAGGCUACUAUCGACAACGUAUACACCGAGAUGCGCACCCAAGGCCAGCAGGCUAUGCCAGUAUCCCCUGGUCACCAGCGAAGACACUCGAGGCACACCAGUCGGGGAGGCAUAUCGCACUUCCGUACUCCUAGCGGAGCUCUGUCCCCCUCGGUCGCAAGCAAACUUCCAGACAAGAAAAAGAAUGCCUUGACAAAAGAGAGCGAAUACGGUGUUCUUGGCAUCAAGGCUCCUCUGAUUGAGCUUGGUGCCAAAGCUGAGGAAGUCUGGGGCCCUGCACUGGGCGGUCGUGAAAAGGAGGAAGAUCUCAAGUCUGUGCUAACCUAUCUUGAACAACAUCGUGACGUUUUUGAAAUCGGUCAAGCCUUGCAAGACGCAAUUCGCAAGAAGGACUAUGACUCUCUUGUAACCGAAUACAACCGUGCUAAGAAACUUGCGAAUGAUGCCACGAGAAAAGCUGAAUCUGGUCAAGAAUUAUCAGAUUCUGACGUGCAUCAGAUCUUGGUUGCUGCAAAAGUUUGGUCAGAUGCUCAGUCUCAAAUUGGUGCCUUCAAACGCGAAUCUCGUAAAACCCUUUCUGCUGCUAGGAUCCGCCGUUCUACGCCAUCUACUGCUGCUCAACCUGACACGACCAUGACUCUAAUCGCUACUCUUUUGCAACUCGACAUGGACGACAACCCCAUCACAUUCUGGCUGUUUAGUCGAUACAACAAUCUCAAAGAGAAGCUCACUCGCUCCUUCGAUCGUAUGCGCAUAGAGAUCGAAGUUUCAAGGCGGCGUUUGGCAUCAGCAGAACCACCUAAUCUCCAAACAUCGAAACUCCAUCUUCAAUCUGCUGUAGCCAACCUCGUGCAAGACCGAAACUCGAACAACACUUCUAAUGCCAUGGACGCUUCCAAGAUAAUCGAUUUCUGGGAGAAGAUUCAGAGUGCACUAAACAGCUUGUUGUCUGUACAAGGGGGUCUGUUGGGAGAGAUAGUCGAAUUUUGGGAGACUGCAGAAUCGUUCAUCUCUCACAAAGCCCAGAGAAAUCUACCCACUGGAGUUUUUGCUUCGGAGGGCCGUCAACAUCUUGAUCUCAGGGAGGACGAGAUAAACCGCCUUCGUCAAUCUGCUACCGAUCUGCUCAACAGUAUGCGCGAAAACAUCUACUCGUUCUUCGUCGACUCGCCAGUUGAAGACAUCUCAUCCUUGUUCUCGCCCGUUCCUGCAACACCCGACACUCCAUCGUCUAGUCUGGCCAGUGAUCAGCGCAUGUUUUCAUUCGAUGUGAACAACAUCCCUGAACCCUCACCGAGACGAGGAGAAUCUUGGGAGAAAUUUGCCUUCUGGGCGCCAUACGCAAAUUCUUUGAGUGGUGUUCAUUAUCUCAGCAAUAUUUUGCUCCUCGUUGGAACGUCAGCAGGCGAGGUUGCUAGUCUUUCCCUCGUCAGAGAUAACUACCGUAUGGCAGAACAGCUGAAGACCAUGGUCAGCGGAGUGCGCGAACGCUGCAUCCAGGCUGUUUGCGCUGCGUGGAACGUCGACUCUGACAAGACCAGAUAUCUCGAAGACUGGACGCGGCAUACAGAUCGCCGCGAUCUCACCAACAUGCCAUUCCGCUUCAGUGCGUUUGAGGAAACCAUCCUUAGUGAUAUGCAGAAAAUUCUGUACAUCUCUGGUGCGAUGUCGCGUCCUGGUUAUGAGGAUGUCGUUGGACCACCGCCGACCAAGCUUCUCCAGAUGGUCAGACAUCAGUUCAUCACCAGCAUAUACAAAACACUUAGUGGCGCUGUUGAGAAUGCAGAGAAGAACAAAAAGAUUGGAGAUUCUGGGAUUGAUGACCCAGAUGGUCUAACAGUACCGGUGACGCAAAGAGGCUCGGCCACAGACAGCAGCGUUGUGACCACACAAGCAACAGACAAGGUAAAUCAGAGAACACCCGUUACAGCGUCAAGAACUAAAAUUGAUACANNGAAUGUCCGCCUACUACUCACACUCAGCAACCUGAAUCAUCUUCGGCGCGAAGUGGUGCCUCAGUUGAUUUCGCAGUUCGAGUCCUCUUUCUCAAUCAAGUUCACCGACGAAUCUAAACAAAUCCGCGACGUACUCAAGCAGAUCGAUGAUCGUCUAUUCUUAGGCUACGUCAAACCUACAACCACACAACUUUGGGAAAUCAUCACGGCUGGCAUCUCGUCUCCAACCUGGCUACCUAAGGCCUCCACAAGACCCACGAAUGCUCGUCCCUACAUCUAUGAUGUGCUGCUUGCUUUGGUGUUAGUACAUACCGAAGUCUCAACCACAGCAAGCACGUUAACCUCGCCGCUUCUAUCCCACUUCCUCGAAUCCGCCAGCGAGUCCCUUCUUGCAGCUUUCUCUGAGCGUCGCUCCUACUCUCUGACGGCUCUGAUGCAAGCGACCCUCGACGUCGAGCUGCUCGCCCAAACUCUUUCGAACUACACCACCGAAAAGGCCUCGGAGAUCCAAUCGAAGAUAUACUUGGUGCUUGACGAGAGAACGGAUGCAGAUGCAAGGACUAGAUUGCAGGCUGAGUUGCCAGAGAUGAGGGCUAUCUUGAAGAGGUUGAGAGAGGGUACCAAGGGACAAUUUGGAUGCUUCAGGAGAGAGAGAAGGGUCAGAAGCGACAGGCCUGGUAGCUCGAGAAGUGGUGGGACUGCAGGAAACGGGUCGGUGGUCGGAUAG